GUUCCCCAUGAGAACUAUGAUAUCGUACCAGAUGGAGCCCGAUCUUUACCCCCGUCCCAGAUGGCUCUCAUGAAAUUCUUCUCAAUCUAUAUACCCAUAUAUCGGGAUGUUAUCGGUUUAAAGAGUGAACCGAUACGAAACCGUUCAUACCAAAUAGAAAACCAAAAAUAAAACCUGACUGAUGUUAAUAAUCCGACCCGAGACGAUACAUCUAUAACACAUCUAUAACUCCAUUAAAAUCCCCAAAUCCUCAAACCCUAAAAGCAUAAAAUUCUUAAAUCGAUCUUUGCAACCAUGAGUACCGUUUCUGGAGGUUCGAGUGGUUCAUCAAAUGUUCGACAAAGAGGAUUCGUCGUUGGCGUGCCUAAGAGAUGCUGGUGUGGGGAACACAUCGUGGCAAAGAAUUCCAAAUCCGAGCCUAAUCCUUCUCGGAGAUACUUUCGAUGUCGAGAAGCAGCAGCAAAGAAGCUUGUGAACGAUAACCACAUCUUUAAGUGGGUCGAUGAGGCAUUGUUGGACGAGGUAGCAACAUUGGGUGUUCAAUUUGAGAGAGUAAAAGAAGAGAUGAAAGAGCGUACAAUAGAGACAUUGCAAGAACAGAAGCUGAAAUUUGAGAAGAUGCAAAUGGAGUUCGAAAAAGAGCUUUGUGAGAGGGUUGAAGAAGUUUUGUUGGAAGCAAAAGCUGAAUUGCAAUGUAGGAUGAAUAAGAGUAUAAUUGUAUGUGUUUUCGGUUUUAUGAUCUUGUUUGCUCUGUUUAAGCUUGUAUGAUGAGCUAUUGUAAACUAUUGUUCGGUUGUAAUCUAUUGUUGUUCGGUUGUAUGCUCUGCUUUAUGCUCUUGUUUGUUUUGGUGUUGAGUGUGAACUCCUGUUGGUGUUGCUAUUGCAUUUAAUAAGAUAAGACAUUCCACAUUUCAUAAAAGGCAGAACAUGAUGAACACAUGUUCUGAAAACAAGCAGAAUGAUAACGUUUUGAAAUCAUGUUCUCAACAUGAUCACAGACCAAAAACAUAACCCUACUAGUCUAUUCGACCAAAAUACAGAUCCAACUAGUCUCUUAAACCAAAAAACAGACCCCUACUACCAUAAUCUUCAAUAUUCAGGCUUGUGAAAGUCCUCCACCACCUUGAGAUAGUCCUCCACCACCCUGAACAACUUCUCCUCCACCAGAUUGAGAAAGUCCACCACCAUCUUGAGAAA